AUGCACGGUGUUAGAAAGUCAGUGGACAGUGUUGUUGCUGUGCUAGUUUCUGCAGGUGUCCAUGCAUGGAUCAAGAGACAUGAGUGUAGAAGAGUUCUUUUCAAUACCAAGAACUCUUUCUUCCUGAUCGGCCCACUGCUGCUCACCCUGGUGAACUUCGAGGUGGAAAAUCUGGCCUACAUGCUGGUGUGCAUGCAGUGGAUGGACUUGCUGUGGGCCGCCAGCUUCUACUCCCGCUUCUUCCUGUGCUACGCCCCCUUCUACGGCCUCCCUGGGGCCCUGCUCCUCUUCGUUGCUGUCAGGGUCCUGGAGAGCCACUGGUUCGUGUGGAUCACGCAGAUGAACCACAUCCCCAAGGAGAUUGGCCACGAGAAGCACCGGGACUGGGCCAGCUCUCAGCUGGCGGCUACCUGCAAUGUGGAGCCCUCGCUCUUCAUCGACUGGUUCAGCGGCCACCUCAACUUCCAGAUCGAGCACCACCUCUUCCCCACUAUGCCGAGGCACAACUACCGCAGGGUGGCCCCGCUGGUCAAGGCACUGUGUGCCAAGCACGGCCUCAACUACGAGGUGAAGCCCUUCCUGACCGCCCUGGUGGACAUCAUUGGGUCACUGAAGAAGUCUGGCGACGUCUGGCUGGAAGCCUACCUCCACCAGUGAGGGCAGCACCCCGGGCCCCGGCCGCCACCAAGCUGGCCCAGGCAGUCUUGACACGUCCGCCCCCCUCCCCACCUGGCCUAGGGGGCCCUGCCCACUCUUCUGGAUCUGCUGUCCUCACCUUAGCCCCCUCACCUGUGUGCUUGGCAGCCCUAAGGCCAUGGCUCUUGGCCAAACAGGACCAGGGCUAGGGGGAUGGUACAUAAAGCCACACAGCAUGGCAUGUUUUCCUAGAGCAAAAAUUUAGGGAAAACUGUUAUUUUUAUAUAAAAA